AUGUUGAGGGAUGCCACGUCAAAUAUUAAGGCCCACGUGGCCACGGAACUGGGCAAGCAGAUCGCAGGCCUCAUAGAAGACAUGGAGGCCUUGACUUCCCAUACCACUGAGGUGGAGACCCGGAUCUUGAAACUCGCCAAUGCCACCUCUGCCCAGACUCAAGAUAUCGCAUACUUCCAUGGGCGAAUUUCCACUAUUGAAGGACCUCAACAAUAG